CAAAUGUUUACUUGGAGUUCACAUCGCAAACCCAGUGAAAGUGAAAAGAGUUACAGAGGUCUGUCGUCGAGAGCUAACUAUGGCGAUUGGCAGAGUCAUAUCCAACUCCGUUUCCUCUCUCUUUCGUUCAUCUUCGCUCCGCAGAUUCUAUUCAUCCAGCAUCCCGUAUCACUUACAACAGGUUGGCUUCAUAGGACUUGGCAAUAUGGGUUCUCGAAUGGCUAGUAAUUUGAUAAAGGCAGGAUACAAAGUCACUGUUUAUGACUUAAACCACAGUGCUAUGAAGUUCUUCUCAGACAAGGGAAUUCUCACAAAAGAUUCACCAUCUGAAGUUGCUGAAGCAAGCGAUAUUGUAAUUACUAUGUUGCCAUCAUCAACCCAUGUUUUGGAUGUCUACAAUGGACCAAAUGGUUUGCUUCACAAUGGGAAUAUACUGAGGCCAUGGUUGUUCAUAGAUUCAUCCACGAUUGAUCCUCAAACAUCAAGAAAACUUUCUGAGGCUGUAUCAGCAUGUGCAUUAGAAGAUAAGAAAGAUUACUGGGAGACCCCUGUCAUGUUGGAUGCACCUGUGUCUGGUGGUGUUCUUGCUGCUGAUGCUGGAACACUUACGUUCAUGCAUGUCAUUCCAGGUUGGAGGCCUAGAGGAAGCUUAUCAGGCUGCAAAGCCCUUGCUCCUUUCUAUGGGAAAAAACACAAUUUAUUGUGGUGGAGCAGGAAAUGGUUCUGGCAGUAUACUGCAUUUAGCCCUUCUAAGUGGCAACAAGUUUUGGCAGCAAAGAUUUGCAACAACUUGACAAUGGCUGUGAGUAUGCUUGGGGCGUCAGAAGCCUUUGCACUUGGACAGUCUUUGGGGAUUUCGGCUAGUACACUAAUGAAGAUAAUGAACUCCUCAAGUGCUCGCUGUUGGAGUAGUGACAGUUAUAAUCCAGUGCCUGGAGUUAUGGAAGGUGUUCCUUCUUCAAGGAAUUAUGAUGGUGGCUUUGCAUCUAAGCUUAUGGCCAAAGAUUUAAAUCUUGCCACCACAUCAGCAAAAGAAGUUGGUGUUAGAGUUCCAUUGGCAUCCGAAGCAGAACAAAUAUUCAUGGGGCUGUGCGACGAGGGACAUGAAACUAAGGAUUUCUCAUGUGUCUUCCGCCAUUUCUACCACGGCAAGGAUGAGCUGUGAUUUAACAAAAGAACAGUUUCUUUUGCUGCACCUUCAUGUUCCAACAUCUUGAGCUUCUUCACUUCUCCUCCUUGUAUGCGCAAAUAUAACUACUAGCUGGCUUUGAUCAGGUUUUUCAGUUAUUCUCCAGGAUGUUCUUGUCUGUUCAUUCUGUGCGAUAGAUAAAUUGAGGUGCAAUGCAAUGCCAACAAGCAAUUUGGCACAACAUUUGUUGAAUGUAAUAGGAAAUUAGGCUCUCUCUCUCUCCAUUGCCAAGGAAUUAGGAUGGUUGAAGUUGUCCCAGGAAUAUACGUCAAGCGGUUAGACAAAUGAUAUGCUCGUGUUAGUCUAAUGAAUCAUGAGUUUGAUAUCUUCCCUGACGUAAUUGAGAGCACAAGGAUGACUGAAGUUUACCAUUUCAAUAAAUGAGAUCCCUUAUUGCAGUUUUUAUUUUUUUGGUUAAAUGGUGCUAACAAUUAGUAAAAAUGUAAAAUGUAGGUAUCUAUUUCUUCCAUCACAAUAUUGCAUUUUUUUUGUUAUAGCAUUGAUAUAUGGGAUGAUUUCAUGUAACUUUUCAUUUAGAUAAGUUAUGGUUAUAAUUAGAUAA